AUGAAGUUCCAACUUAUCACAACCGCCGCUGCCAUCUUUGCGGCAACCGUGGUAGCCCUCCCUGCCCCGCAAACCGACGACCACGGACUGCUGAUCGACACUGAUGACUGGGUCGAGGGUGAUGGUGCCGACGGCAUCGAGGCCCGCAACAUUGAUGCCGUCAAGGCUCGCAUCACCCGCGAUUUACACGGGCUUGAGCCGGAUACAGACGACUGGGCUGAUGUCGCGGGCAUCGAAGCUCGAGCGCGCCACAUUAAUGAAGCCGCUGUGAACUUCAACUUUACUAGCGACUUCGACUUCGCCCUGGACCGUCUCCUGGCCGAGAUUUUCGACAUCCCGGACGAGAUUCUGCGCCAGGGUGACGAGGCGCUCCACCGAUGGUUGGUCGAGCAUGGCCACCGCCGGAACGACCAAAAGACCAAACGUGAUAUCAACACGCCCGAAGCGACUCCCGCGAACAAUCUCCACAGCCGUGCCUCCAUUUGGGAGGUCGCCAAGUGCGUCGCAGCCAUCGUCCAACUUCUGGCCACUACGGCCGUCCCUGCGACCAAGCUGCUCCGCAUCAAGAAGUACAUUGAGGCUCUGGGUGGUGUCAAGCAGGCUGUCCAGCUCCUCCUGGGAGCCACGACCUACGCCGAAAAGCUCCGAGUGGGUGGGGAGGUACUCGUCAACUUGUCUGCCGAACUCCUUGGCAUCAGCACAGUGAGCAAGAACUGUUUCUAA